AUGGUUAAAUAUACUAUUUAAAUAGAAAUUGAUGAUAAUAACGAAAGAGACUUAAUCAUCAAUAGCUGUCUUAAUGAAAUGUUUGAUGAUGUGUUUAAAUCUUUUAGCUCAAAAAAAUAUGAAGUCAAAAACUAAAUUAAAAUGGAGAUUGAAGAAUAGCAUGAUAAAAAUUAAAUUGUAAUGAUUAAAGAUAUAUUCGACAGAAAUUCUAUUGAGGUCAUACGCUAAAUUCCAUUUACUCAUUACUUAUCAUAGUAGAAAUAUUAUCUUAAUCAUGCUAAAGUACAUUAAUAGUUUGUAGCAAACGUCUGUGGCUACCAUGCUUCAUUUAACAUACUUGAGGUUAUGGAAGCUUUAAAAGAGCAAAACUUAAACAGAGAAUUAAGAAUACUCUCUAGUGGCGAAUUUUGGAAAUUUAAGAAUGAAAUUUCCUAAUUUAUAUGGCAAUAUAAGCUCAAAUAUGAAGCUAAGAAUGAUAAAUGGCCAUGGAGAUAAAAAGAUGUUCACUAUGGAGACUUUGAGCGUUCCUAUUUGAAUAUUUGCCUAAAAUAACAUCCAAGAUUUAAUUAAGCUCUUUGUAAUUAAAAUAAUUUUUAAGUUAUGUACUACUCAUGGGAAUACUAGUUUGGCCGUAUUGUCUUAGGAGACUAUUAAUAAAAGGAACUAUAACAAAUGAUUGAUUAAUUUAUCAAGUUUAAUAAAAAAAACUAACACCUUGUAUUUGUAAUGAUGCUUGGAAUUACUAAUCACUGGGGAUCUUUUAUUGCUCAUAAAUAUAAUGAAAAUAUUGAAUUUUGGUUUUUUGAUAGUAGAAAUAGAGAUUAUCUGCUUUGGGAUGAUGAAUAAAUUGAAUCAUGGUGUAUAGAAGCUUAGGAAAAAAGAAAAAAGCUUGGUCAGAAACCUUGGAGUGAAUUUGAUAAGUAAGUAUAAACAACAUGUGUCCAUGAUAUUUAAGAAUCUUUAGAAACUCUCUGUUAGUGUUUAUUAGGAAACAUGACAUUGCAUGACUAUCAAAGCAACAACUUGUUCUAAGUUUUUGAAAAAGCAUUUAGAAAGCACAUUUCAGUCGAAGAUGUAUUAAAUUAAAAAAAUCUAGAAAAAUAGGUAGCAAAUUGUAAUCAUUACUCAAAAGACUUUUAUCACACAAUAUACAGCUUUUUAAAAACACCUCAUAUCCUUAAAUUUCUUACUCCUGUUAACUAAGAAAAAUUCCUUCACAUGAAAAAGGCAUUCAAUAUGAUACAACAAUAAAAUAAAAUUAUGAAUCCAAAAACAUACUAAAAUUCUUAUAUCGAAUCACUUAAUAAUUUAUUAUUGAGGGCAAAUCUUUGA